AUGGCUGCCCCGCUCCCCAAGGCCGCGCUCUACUACAGCCCCCAAUCGAUAUGGGCCUCAGUUCCCUUGCUUGCUCUUGAGGAGAAGGGAUAUGGCAGCGAUGAGGUCGAUCUCAAGGCAGUAGACAUUGCCAAGGGCGAAAACUUCGCUCCUUCCUAUCUGCGUCUCAACCCUAGUGGCAAGUCUUGCACGGUGCCGACCCUCGUGGUUCCUCUCGAAAAGACACUCUCACCGGAAAUCGAGAGCCGCUACAAGGCAAUCCAGGACACCAAGUCCAUCGUGGAAUUCCUCGACAAGUCGCGGUCGGCUCAGUCGCGCACCCACACCACCUCCUCCGCGCCGUCACCGUCGCUGACAGCCGCUACCAUCGCUUUCGCCACAACCUCCAGCCUCAUCAUUCAGCUGCUUCACAGUCCGGAGACAGACCCGAAUGCCUUGUACUACAUGAACGCGCGCUCUGACGAGGAACUCAAGGCUUUGGCGCAGCAGCUUACCCCAUUCCUCGCAGGCCGCCAUGACGCCCUCGCCACGCUCAUCGCGGACAGCAAUUCCGACGCAAUAAUCGUUUCGGAGAAGACCAAGGCGUUCUGGAAGGUGAAGAAGCUGGCGACCGACAAGUUCAUUCAGGUCUUCGAGGUGGCCGACAAGCCAGCGUCGGAGUUGUCUGAGGAGGCGAAGAAGUGGCGGGCAGAUUAUCUCCAGUCUGCACGUGAGGCGUGGAACACGCUCAAGGACGGCCUGACCACUCUCAAUACAGAAAUCAUCGGGCCGUUCGCACUUGGCGACCAGCUUUCCAUUGCAGACCUUCAUCUCGCUGCGUGGCUCGCCCGCAUCGCGUUCCUGGCUGGUGCGACCACGUCGGACGACGGCGGCACGGUACUCGCGAAGAUCGAAACGCACCUUGGCGACGACUUCACGCUCCCGAAAGACUUCUCUGUCGCAGAAGCGCGGAGAAAGGCGGGUUUGGUGAGUGCCGACGUCGAGACGUCCGAGAAGCAAAGUAAGCUCGCGGCGUUCUGGGACGCGAUGAAGGACCGUGCAAGCUGGAAGAAGGUGUAUGGCGAUGGCUUGCACUAA